AUGCAUCGUAAUACCCGUCAUCUGGCCAAAGUACCUAGAGUGAUCCUUAAAUUUCGAAAGAAAGUCGAGGAUGACUGCUUGCUUGAUCGUGAAAGGCAGAACCUACUAAGGUUUCGUUCUCCCUAUAUCAGGGCCCUGGUUGAUGUGCCGGCAGAGAAGCACAACGGGACCCCUUUUCUGGUUUUGGAGCAUAUGGAUGUUUCACUAUCCGAUAUGUGGAAAUGCCAACAAGAACCGCCUUUCAGAACAAUGAUUGUCUCUCUUCUUCACGCCUUGAAUAUGAUACACACAAGGAAUUACGUCCAUACUGAUAUCGAACCAAGGAACAUCCUCCUUUCCAAAGUAGGGACGCCCGACAUGGAAGUUAAACUAGCUGAUUUUGAAAAUGUUUAUAAAUCCCCAAAUGACUUCCCUAUCCAACCUCUUGCGUUUGUUAGAAUACGGUUUCACGCUCUACUGCUUGAUCUAAGGAGUCCUGAUAUCGAUGAAUUCCGGCGCAAAAUAAUGUACUUGACUAAAAUGAAACGCCUCUUUGGUCUCAAUAAUCCAUGGCCUGACGCUUUCCUUAAAUCAGAUUGUGCUGAUGACCUUGGACUUGUCGACUCACUUGUGGCUCAGACCAAAACACCCUCCUUAGAAUGCUUCCUAGCAUCACGGAAUGGAUCCGAAGUAGAGAUUGAUUUUGCUACUCGAAUGCUGCAAAUUGAUCCCACUAAGCGCUGGACCGCCGAACAGCUGCUAAGUCACCGUUGGGUGACUAGCUAA